CAUCGAUUUACAGGACAGCACCCCCUUCAGAUCCGCACCAAACUGAAGGCAUGUGCGCCUGCACGUAGCAUUCAGACAGAGAAAAUCCAGCCCAGACCUCCGCAUAGCCAACAGUUCACCGAAACAUCACAGGAGAGGAGGAGGAUCCUCUGCCCGUUUAUUCAAGUCUUCACCGAGGAAGUCAGACUUUUACAUUAGAGGACACAUCGGCUGAGGACGCGGGGAUUCUGCUUCCCACAGGAUGCUUUGGAAAAGAAUGGAGCUUCCAUGUUGCUUUUUAGUGCUUCUGAGCUGCCUGCAGUCGCUCUCAGCCCACAAUGAUUUCUUCACCUCCAUAGGCCAGAUGACAGAUCUGCUGUACACUGAAAAAGACCUCGUCACAUCUCUGAAGGAUUACAUCAGAGCAGAGGAAAACAAACUGGAGCGGGUCAAACGGUGGGCGGACAAGUUGGAUUCCCUGACAGCAACAGCCACGCAGGACCCUGAAGGGUUUUUAGGCCACCCUGUCAAUGCUUUCAAACUGAUGAAGAGGCUGAACACAGAGUGGGGGGACCUGGAGAGUCUGGUACUUAGUGACACCACUGAUGGAUUUAUCUCCAACCUAACCAUCCAAAGACAGUACUUUCCCACUGAGGAGGACCAAACUGGGGCUGCUAAAGCUUUGCUUCGGUUACAGGACACCUAUAAACUUGAUGCCAACACCAUUUCAACAGGAAACCUUCCUGGAGUAAAGCACAAGAGCCAGAUGACAGUGGAGGACUGUUACGAGCUGGGGAAAAUAUCCUACUCAGAUGCUGAUUACUACCACACAGAGCUGUGGAUGGCCCAGGCCCUGAAACAGCUCGACGAGGGAGAGGAGUCCACCAUAGACAAGGUGACGGUGCUGGACUACCUCAGUUACUCCAUCUACCAGCAGGGGGAGAUUAAGCGAGCGCUAGAGUACACCUUGAAGCUGCUUCAACUCGACCCAGAGCAUCAGCGUGCCAAAGGCAAUGUGAAGUACUUUGAGUAUCAGCUGGAGAAGCAGAAAAAAGAGGCAGAGGAAAAGGCCCAGAAACCAGAGGAGGGAGAAAAAGAGGAGACACCCAAAAAAAAGAAACAGUCCUCAAAGAAAUCCUUCUCUCUGAUCCCAGAGAGGAAGAAGUACGAAAUGCUUUGUCGAGGGGAGGGGCUUAGGAUGACCCCCCGCAGAGAGAGCAGGCUGUUUUGUCGAUACUAUGACAACAACCGCCACCCCAGGUAUGUGCUGGCACCUAUCAAACAGCAAGAUGAGUGGGACCGCCCCUACAUCGUUCGUUACCUUGACAUUAUCUCUGAUGAAGAAAUCGAGAAAAUCAAGCAACUGGCGAAACCACGACUGCGCAGGGCAACCAUCUCCAACCCUGUCACUGGAGUACUGGAAACAGCUUCUUACAGGAUCAGCAAAAGACGGGCCACGGUGCAUGACCCUCAAACUGGGAAACUUACCACAGCCCAGUACAGAGUCUCCAAGAGCGCUUGGCUCACCAGUUAUGAAGAUCCAGUGAUUGAAAAGAUCAAUGAGAGGAUUGAGGCCAUCACAGGUCUGGAAAUGGACACAGCAGAAGAACUUCAGGUUGCCAACUAUGGUGUUGGAGGGCAGUAUGAACCUCACUUUGACUUUGGAAGGAAAGAUGAACCAGAUGCCUUUAAAGAGCUGGGAACUGGAAAUCGUAUUGCGACUUGGCUAUUUUAUAUGAGUGACGUGACUGCAGGGGGAGCCACAGUAUUCCCUGAUGUAGGUGCAGCAGUUUGGCCUAAAAAGGGUACGGCUGUGUUCUGGUACAAUCUGUUUGCCAGCGGGGAAGGAGACUACAGCACCCGGCAUGCAGCCUGUCCAGUGUUAGUGGGCAACAAGUGGGUAUCAAACAAGUGGAUCCAUGAACGGGGUCAGGAGUGGCGGCGACCCUGCGGCUUGAAUGAAACUGAAUGAUGUAAAGAGAGAACAACAACCUUUCCUAUCUAAUCCCUUAUCCCAGUCCUCUUUUUAACCACAGAGGAUCAGAGAACACUGCAGCACACCACAGAUGAUCCAUGGGGUCCAAAUGGCUCCCCCCCCUCCUCCCCCGUCCUCCCUCCUGAGUGAUCCAUUUUUCUCCCCACCUGUUUUCUGUCUGUGAGCCCAGAGAUUGUUUUGAUAAUAUCGAGCUCCCCCGGACAGCAUCCGCGUCGCUGUGACAGAUAACUUGUUCUUGGGAUUGUCGGAGAGUAUUUGAGAAAGACCCGAGCUUUGUUCACUCCCUUGAGUCAGCCUUUGCACUCUGAAUGAACUCCUGCUCUGUGGCGAGGUUAUCCCUCAGUUGUGACUGCAGGGAUCCGCUUCCCCUUUUUCUAAAGUGAACAUCAGAGGGUUUUUUUUCCCACAUUUUUAUUUGUUUAAUUGCUUUCCUUACAUUGGCCCUUGGAGUUUUGUUUGUUAUUUUUGGAAAAGUUUAACAUUUUAAUAAGAGAAAAAAUGUCAUCAAUGUUUCACAUUGACUAGCUGAUGCUUUAUCGGCUAGAUAUGACUGUGACACUGCGUUAGACUCACCGAAUAUGGGAAAUCUUUCUUUUUCUCAACCAGAUUUGACCUGAAAACCUUUUGUGCAUGAACAAACCAACAUUUUUUUUAAAGCUAUCAAAGGGGGAAUUCAGAGCAAGGUUUUUAUUUCUUGCUAAUCUAUGCAAUACUUUAUCACCCAUUGCACAUCAUGUGAUUUGCUACACUUUACUUCCAAUGUUUACACUCUGACAUCGCUCUAAAAAUUGGAUCAUUUUUAAACCAAAGUUGUUUUUAAAGUCAUAUAAGAUCCCAUCUAAUUAGGCUCCAUUUUCAGUGUAUGGAAGUUUCAGUUGGCGUUUAGGUACCCUUUACAUUUGUUUUUUUUGGCAGUGAUAAAUGGUAGUAAGUGUGAAAAUAUUUGGAUUUUUCCAGAGAUGUGUUUUAUUUAUAUGUCCCAAGUUAACUUUUAAAUGUCUUCUUUUAUAAUAAAGACCUUUUAUUGACAGAAAAAAAAUAAUUGUAUAACUGUAUUGUGUUUCAUAGUUUGGGUGGGAUGAUGUUCAAGUAAAGUUAGAGUAAAAUGAAAUUACCAUGUGGCACAAAUUUAGUUUAGUAAUAUUUUCCUUGGGCUCAGAAGGCACAGUUGUAAGUUGCUGUGAAAACAAGUAAAUUUUUUCCUGCAUAUUUAGAGGGCAGGAAUCUUCUCCUCUGUAGUGAGAACAUUAUACUGUGUUAAACAGCAUUGUGUUAUACUUUAGAACACAAUACAACUAUAUACCUUUGAUCGCUAACAGCUAAAGAAGAUGUGAUAAAUUAAAGGCCUUAUUCUA